AUGGCCGCUGCCAUCGCCAGCUCCCUGAUCCGCCAGAAGAGACAAGCCAGGGAGCGGGAGAAGUCCAAUGCCUGUAAGUGUGUCAACAGCCCCAGCAAGAGCAAGGGAAGCUGCGACAAGAACAAGCUCAAUGUGUUUUCCAGGGUCAAACUCUUUGGCUCCAAGAAAAGGCGAAGGAGGCGACCAGAGCCUCAGCUUAAAGGUAUAGUAACAAAGCUCUACAGCAGGCAAGGAUACCACUUGCAGUUGCAAGCAGAUGGAACAAUUGAUGGAACAAAAGAGGAAGACAGUAGUUACACUUUGUUUAACCUCAUACCUGUGGGCUUACGAGUGGUGGCGAUCCAGGGGGUUCAAACAAAAUUAUACCUGGCAAUGAACAGUGAAGGAUACCUAUAUACAUCAGAGCAUUUUACACCUGAAUGCAAAUUCAAAGAAUCGGUAUUUGAAAACUAUUACGUGACCUAUUCCUCAAUGAUCUACAGACAGCAACAGUCUGGCCGGGGCUGGUAUUUGGGUCUUAAUAAAGAAGGAGAAAUAAUGAAAGGAAACCACGUGAAGAAAAAUAAACCUGCAGCGCACUUUCUUCCAAAACCCUUAAAAGUGGCCAUGUACAAAGAGCCUUCCCUCCACGACCUCACAGAGUUCUCCAGGUCUGGAAGUGGGACCCCAACAAAGAGCAGAAGCGUUUCAGGAGUGUUAAAUGGGGGUAAAUCCAUGAGCCAGAACGAGUCCACGUAG